AUUGAACACCUUAGACCAGACCAAACUGAUGCCCUUUCCAGAGAAAAUCACACAACAGCACAUACCUCGCCCGCGCCCCGCCCACUGGAGGAGGAGCCAAUGUCUCUUCUAAACGCCAGCAGCGAGAGUAAUACUUCACACUGUUCACAGCCCGAAACACAGAAGCGCAGAACAGUCUUCUGUCGCCGCGGUAGAUGUGCGACUCCAAACGGGGGCACAGUGACUGCGAUAAAGAAGGGACAACAAAACACUCUCAGAGGGAGAAUGCCAGCUAAAACCAUGAACUCUGAUUUGGAGUUUGACUCCUUACAACCUUGUUUCUACCCGGAUGAGGAUGACUUCUACUUCUGCAGACCAGAUGCUGCACCGCCUGGUGAGGACAUCUGGAAGAAAUUCGAGCUGCUGCCCACUCCUCCUCUGUCCCCGAGCCGGGCAGCGCUUCCAGGGGACCCAGGGGAUCUGGGUGCAGUGGCUGGGGAUUGCUCACUGAUGGGCUUUGGAUUAACAGACCCGUUGGACUGGGCUUCCGAGCUUCUGUUCUUACCAGAAGAUGACAUUUGGGGGGCAUCAGACGGGGACCUCUUUGGCUCCGUUUUGGAUACUACAGACAAUUCCAUCAUCAUUCAGGACUGCAUGUGGAGCGGCUUCUCUGCACGUGAGAAAUUGGAGCGGGUGGUAAAUGAGAAACUCGGGAAAGCCAUCUCUGCUCCUAGCGGUACUGAAGCCAGUAAAGACACAACGGUCAAGACACCUGAAAUUAGUCACUCUAUACCGGAGUGUGUGGACCCUACCGUGGUUUUCCCUUAUCCAGUCAACAAAAGAAAUGGGAGCAGCAGCAGCAGCCAAAGUGUGACACAGCUGAGGAGCCAACACUUGCCUCCAGUCAGUGCAGACGAGACUCCAAGUGACUCUGAUGAUGAUGAAGAUGAAGAUGAUGAUGAUGAUGAUGAAGAUGAUGAUGAAGAAGAAGAGGAGAUUGAUGUCGUCACGGUGGAGAAAAGGCGUUCCAUCACCAGCAAGGUAACCAGCAGUGGUCUGUCUGCCGCCUCAAACUCUCUAGCGUCCACAGGAGGGCGGUUGGGAUCCGGCGUGAGCAAAGCUCCACAGGAGCUCAUUCUGAAGAGGACGGCAGCAGCCUCCAUCCACCAGCAGCAGCAUAACUACGCAGCUCCAUCCCCUUACUCCGACCAGCAAGAUGUACCCAGCGCUCCCCCAUGCAAGAAACUCCGAAUCGACAACAGCACUAUAACUCCACGCACUGGCAGGAACCAGAACUCUUCCCCAAACUCCCCUACUAACGGCAUACCAAGCCAGCGAAUAAGGAAGAGCGACUCCAGCAGCCCACGAUGCUCCGAUUCUGAGGACAGCGAACGCCGACGCAACCACAACAUCCUGGAGCGUCAACGGCGCAACGACCUGCGCUCUAGCUUCCUCACUCUGCGCGACCAGGUGCCUGAGCUAGCGCACAACGACAAGGCAGCGAAGGUGGUCAUCCUGAAGAAGGCCACAGAGUACGUCAGCUCCCUGGAGGCCCAAGAGCUCCGACUCCAGCAGGAGAAAGACAGAUUGCAGGCCCGGCGACAACAGCUCCUCCGUAGACUCGAGCAGGCCAGGACUCGCUAACCCUUAACCCUCAUUGGCUGAACGCCUCACAGCUAAUGGUCGACGUCAAAUGACGAACGACAAAACGCUAAGGCUAACAGCCUAAAAUAAAUGCUAGGGACACUCACUGCUGACACUUUUUUUGCACAUUUUUUGACGUCAAGAAUGUUUCAGGUUUACUUUGUCACGCCAAUCACGCUACAACGAAGUGGGAAGGUGCUUAUAAGUAAACCCAACUUCCCCUCAAUGACAAGACUCUUAUGAACACAGCUAGUCUUCAAAACGCGAUUGGGUUGAUGAACUUUAUGUUCAUGCUCUUCCUGCAAAACGGACACUUAACAAAUGAUACGAGACACUUCGAAUGGCUAUAAUCUCUCACACCUCACCGGUGCUGAAUCUCAUGGAUGUACCUCUGCGCACCUUGAUGUCAGACACUUUUGUAAAUAGAUUAGAUUUUAAAAGAACGUACACUCAGUCUGCCUUGUUUUUGUAUACAAUUAUUGUCUUUUGGUUUUUAUAAAGAUGUCAAAAGCUGCCAAUAACUAGACUGGAAGUUUAUAUACCGUGAACAAGUACUGUAAGACCUCAAUUUAUGAGGAUUUUUUGUAAUAUAAGGACACAUUGUUUUGUUUUUGGAUUAUUUUUUGUCUUAUAAUCUCUGUUAUGACAUGCUUUACUAAUUCCUACAUUUAUGCUUUAGUGUGCAUCAGAUACAUACUAAAUUUGAUACUUAUAUUUUCGUAUGAAAAUGAGUUCUGAGUAGAUAUUACUUUAUCUUGUUUUUAUCCUUUUUUCUACCUUAUUUUCUUUUGUACAGAAAAUUCUUUCUAUCUCCAUUUUAUAAGGCUUCUAUUCUUUGCUGUCUUUCUCUUUCUUUGUUUAUAUAUUUGUAAGUGUUGGGUUCAUAGAACUGGGUCAGUGGGGGAAAAAAGUGUUUUUUUUCUCCUUUUCUAUAAUGUACAUUUUAGUGCUGCAACUCACAGCACUUUGAAAUACCUCAUUUUGAAAAAUAAAUAGACAUUUUGAAAACAAAAGAGCUUCUCAAAGGAUGAGUGCUUCUGUAUCUCUGCUAGUGCCGUUUGAGCCUUGUCAGGUACUGAGAAACAAAGCGCUGAACUACAUUUCAGAUAAACUUGAAGCCCCUCUGUGGGCGGCA